ACAUGCAGAUUAGAAAGGACUUUUGAUAGUUGCCCUACUGGAGCAUUGCAAAUUUACAAGGAGCAAUGUUAGCAAGAUUUGUUGGUUUAAUGGUAUUCUGCCUCCUGGUAUUCUCUGUAUAAAUGUAAUAACUACGUUUGAGGAGCAGUCACCCUAGUAUCUGAAUUUAACAGGGCUGCCCUGUCCUGUCAGCUUCUCAGUGUCCAGUGUUAAUGACUCGCUGUCACCUCAGAUAGGACGAGAGGCAACAAGCAUAAGCUGAAAUGCAGGAAGGUCCAUCUGAAUUGAACUUUUUCGCUCUUUGUGCUCCUGUGAGAGGUAACGUGACUUACUAGGUUGUGAAACGCCUGCUCCUCCUGACGUGUUUCUGGAAGGCCUUGGUUGUGUCCCCAGCACACCUGCAAGUACACAAACACAGCUUAUAACAGCAAUCACAAUCACAAUAUGUGGCGUUUCCUGGGAAUUCAUUACCAGUCGGGGUCCCUACAGUAAGAUGCAAAGCAGCUUCAUUUUACUGUGACCAUCAGACCUGAACAGCAGCUUGAUUUUCAUGGGAUCCGUCUCUGAGCAAGUGAGCGCUACACACAAAAGAGACCAAAUGCGAACAAAAAACAUCAGGCAUACAUACAGCUCUCUUUCUGGGAAAUCCUGUCUCCACUUCAGCACAGUGGCAUUCAACAAGCACCACGCUAUAUAAAGGGGACUUUUGAGAACUUCUCUUUCAUUUCACUUUGAAGCCGAAAGCUGCCCUGAGCAAUCAUGUUGUCCUACACGUUCUGCGUGAUCGCAGCAGUAGCUACUUUUCUUGUGCCUUGCCAUGCACAGGAUAAGUGUACAGGAAUACUAGGGCUACCCGGUACUCCUAGAGCUAAUGAGCUGCCUGGAAGAGACAGAGGGGACUCUCUGAGAGGAGAACCAGGUCCACCAGGUCUACCUGCUUCUUUUGACACUGCGUUACAAAAAGUAUUAAUAAGUUUAAAACAUCGACUUGCCAGACUUGAAGGGGUGCUUGCUUUGAAUGCGAAAAUAACAGAAGUAGGAGAGAAAAUACUUGCCAGCAAUGGGAGGGAAGUUAAUUUUGCAUCUGCACUGAAAUCCUGUGAAGAGGCUGGAGGAACUCUUGCAACUCCCAUGAAUGAAGAAGAGAACAAGGCUAUAUUGGGUAUUGUUAAACAGUAUAACCGAUACGCUUACUUGGGCAUUAAAGAGAGUGAGACUGCAGGUCAGUUCACCUAUAUGAAUGGCAUACCUGUGAAUUAUACGAAGUGGCACCAAUAUGAGCCAAAUGGCAAAGGGACAGAAAAAUGUGUAGAGAUGUACACUGAUGGAGGCUGGAACGACAGAAAAUGCAACCUGUAUCGCCUCACAAUCUGUGAAUUUUGAAGAAUGGCCUUUCAGCGACCUGAGAAUAUGGAGACCAUGAAAUAUUCUGCGUUAUACGAUAUAAUUUCUAUAAUUUUUUAUGCUAGAAAAUCUAAAAUGAAUCAUAUUGUGGUAUUUUUUAUCCUUUAGAAAAUGCCAAGUGUAGUAGAUGAUUAACUUAAUUAAAAUGUGCCUAAUUUGAUACAUUUAUCUCUGUUUUAGGGGGUUGGAAAUAACUCAGAAUUCAUUGUUCAUGACAGAUACCGUCUCAGUCUGCUGUGCCUAUGUAAAGAUUAGAGGAAAAUUCCAGGGUUUGGCUUGAGAUAUUAGAAAAGUCAGAAGUUAAAAUACUCUUUGGAUACAUAGUGGAAAUAUUUCCAAGCAUUUAAUUAUUUCUACCAUAAGAGAGAUGCAGAGCAGUUGACUUCACUGUAGCAAUUAUGGACUUGGGAUUUGUACAUCUCUUUGAAGUAUAGAGCUUGUGUUAGGUGAUAUCAAAGUGUGCAUUGAUAUAUUCAGCACCCAUAUAAUAAAAGCAUCAAUUACAGUUCAUUUUCUUAGUUAAAUCAGAAGCUACUGUCUAUAAAACAUUAAGAUAAACAUUGCUUUUUGUCUGUGUGAACAUAUAAAAAUGUAUAUAAAAUAUUAAACAUUGCAUUUUGCCACUAAAACAUCACGUUCUCUCAUAAAACUAUGCCCUGUAGAACUUUGUAGCGUUCAUCUCACAAACCACCGAAUAAGUGCGUACUGUUUUAGUGGAGCAGCUAAAGUUGGAAGUACUAAUUCAAACACAAGCUAUUUCUCUUCUGAUGACAUGCCAGCAACCACAAAAUCAGGCCACGAUUCAAAUCCUCUACAAUCCGGAGGUGUCAUUUUACUAAGUCAGAAAUAUUUCUCACCGCUAUUCAGCCUGAGUAGCUGGCUUGGGCAGUGAGAACUCAGGCAAGGACCAUGAGUAGCAAAUUCAUACAAUUACCCCACAGCAAGGAAACUCUGUUAAAUCUAUUAUUUUCCCACCUGCUCAGGGAGAAAAGAAAGUACUGGAGUUUAAACGCAUGGGUAAACACUUUUACUCCGUCUUCUCCUUUUUCUUCUCCUCCUCUCCUGCAUGAACGUGCAUGGCUCUGUGCAGGGAGCCUGCAUAAAGUGGGACGUCACUCUGGGCAGUGGAGGAGCUCAGGCAACCCUAGCCUACAUGGUGGAAAAGGUGGGCUCUGCACCCAUGGCCUUUUCAAGCCCUGUUGAGUACGAAAGCUUUUGUGUGUUCAGACUGAGGAGGUGAGAGAGGAGAGUGUCGAUAGGAUGGGGCCAGUCUCUUCUCCGUGGUGCCCAGCGACAGGACGAGAGGCAACGGGCACAAACUGAA